GCUGUGUGACCGCAGACAGCAUUGCCCAUGUGAUCAUAGCGAGGGCUCUCCAUAUACUGAUAUAUAAAGACAGGAGACGGCAUCGCUUAGCUCUGUCUGCAGCUGCUGGUUCACUCUCUCUGUUACCAUGGUGGACUGCUUUGUAGGAACCUGGAAGCUCGUGGAUAGCAAGCAGUUUGACGAGUACAUGAAAGCUAUUGGUAUGUUUCCGGUUAUAGAAUAUAGUAAAGCUAUUGGUGUGUGCCAUUAUAUAAUGUGUUAAGAGAUAGGGAGAAGGCGUUACAUAGACAGACUGUAACAUGGAACAAGAGUUACAGACAUAUGGAAUGCUAUGUUAGCUAUAUAGGUACUCAGUGAGAAGAUCACCACGUGGUUAUAGAAAGCUGGGUAUAUUAAGGUGAGGAGGUGGUGUGUGGUUAUGAAAAGAUGGAUAAAUUGAGAUGAGGUGGUCUGUGGUUGUAAAGGAUGGGUAAAUUAAGAUGAGGUGGUAUGAGGUUGUUAAAGGAUGGGUAAAUUAAGAUGAGGUUGUUAAAGGAUGGGUAUAUUAAGAUGAGGUGGUAUGCGGUUGUUAAAGGAUGGGUAUAUUAAGAUGACACCUCAUGCGGUUGUUAAAGGAUGGGUAUAUUAAGAUGAGGUGGUAUGCGGUUGUUAAAGGGUGAGUGAAUUAAGAUGAGUUGGUCUGUGGUCAUGGAAAGAUGGAAAAAUUAAGAUGAGGUGGUCUGUGGUUUGUAAAGGGUGGGUAAAGUAAGAUCCGGUGGGUCAGUCGGGGAAGGGCCGUGAUCAUGUGCAUGGGGGUAUAUUUAAUAGAUGGAGAUGCUGGUGAUUUCUUAUAGAUGAAUUAGUGUGUCUGGAUCUGGGUUUGAAGCUGGGAAUGAAAAUGGGUGAAAUAGGGUGUGCGGAUCAGGAGUAGAAGCUGAGCAUGCAUAUGAGUGAAUAAGAGUAUUUGUUUCAGUCAUGGGGGCUGUGAAUGUACAUGGGUGAUUUAAGGUGUCUGGAUGAGGAGUGGGGGCUUGCAGUGCAUAUGAGUGAUUAGCGUGUCUGGAUGAGGAGUGGGGGCUGGGAAUACGUUGGGAGCUGUAAAUGUGCAUGGUGAAUUAGGAUGUUUGGAUCAGGGGUGGGGGUUGAGAGUGCAUAUGAUGGAUAUAUUGGCGUAAAAUAGAUCGGGGUGGAGGCUGGGAAAUGCACAUGGAGAAAGAGAGGAGGAGGGGCAUCUGGAUAAGAAGAGGACGAAUUAUUAUUAUGUUAUUAUUAUAUAUUAUAGGAAGAAUGCAACAAUGCAGUGAACUUUUGAGUAGAAGAAAAAUAAUCUAAUGAUUUAUUGUAAUCUGUAAAUUGUACUGCCUUUAUUAAAGAAAAUUACUUGGACAAAAAUAUUGUCACAAACAAGGCUUCUCAUCUGGGGUAUUCAAAUAACACAUUUAACCAUCUAAAUAUUCAAUAGAUGUUUAACCCGUGCACAACCAGGUACUUUUUUGACUGGGGAAAAAAUACUAACAUAACAUGUAUUUGAAGGGAUGUAUAGGUAGCAUAUACAUAUGUCAUAGUUUAGUAUUUUCUGGGUAGAUUGCUUUGCAGACAAAUUUAAAAAAAUAAUUUAAAUUUGCACAUUUAUUAUUUUUCAUGUAUGCAUUCAGUCUUAAAAAAACCUAUUUAGGAAAUUAAAAGCUUUAGUCAGUAUACUGUGUCCUUUAUUUUGCAAUAUUUCACACAGGGUCUGAAAUGCAUUACUAGUUAGUAUAAAAUAAAAAAUGCUAUUUUUCUCAUAUAUAGUAGAGGUAACAAAAAUAAAUAAAAAUGGUCAAAUAUGUCACUAAAAGGUAUUCAAAAAGACAUUUUAGGCAUAGGCAUUAGUCAUUUAGCUCAUUAAAAAUUGCAACAACAUGUAGAAAGAAUAUCUGCAUUUGAACAUAAUGCUCACAUACAGUAAAUACAGUUAAAUCAUAUAUUUCUAAAAUAUAGAUAUUUAAAAUUGCUAUAGCAAUCUUGUUCAUUAUUUGCACUGCAACAAUGUAGGAAUAAUAAGACCCAUUGAAACUUCCUGUACUAUUUAAAGCAGGGAGUGAGCUUACAUUAUUUCCAGACAUUAGUUCAGUGACCAGUGCAAAUUACCUUAACCCCACGGUGCUUUAUGUUUGGGUGUUUUUGAGUGUUCAAGUAAAUUUGAAAUUGUGGUGUAAAUUGGUCAAAACCUCCAUGGCUCUCUUUUCAGGUCAGCUAUUGUAACUUCAAAUCUGAAAUUUACAACAAUCCAUUUUUUUGUGAAUAACCCCAUUUUCUGUACCAGCCUGAUCUUUUUUUUCUUUCAAAAUGUAACCGUUGACAACAAGGUUAACAACACCCAGCAACUCACACUGCCCUAGGCUGUUUCUAUGUAGACAAAGAAGCAAAUUGAUGGGUCUUACACAGUAACCUACGCAAAAAUGGUUGUAGUGUGCCUUUAACAUUGCAUCCUAUAUCUCCAUAAGAAAUUCAAUGUGUAUUUAUUGUAUAUUUAUAAUUUACAUGAUCCACAGCUGAUUUUAGUUGCAGUAUAACAUGUUACUAAAAUCAAACUUGCAUUCAAAAGCAGAAUUAUUGCAUUCAAUGUAGGAAAUCUCUUGUCUACUGACCAUUAUUUCCCUUCCCUAGCUGUUCCUUGAUAAAUAUAAUUGCAGUCAUUCAUGUAUGAGCUGUACAUAGCAGUGGUUUAAUUGCAGUCAAUAGGCCACUGUCUUUUACUCACCUGUGCAAACUGCCUCCAACACCCAAGCUGUCUACCUUCCUCCUGUUCCCCCUGGUCUGUGGUUUGUAAAGGGUGGGUAAAGUAAGAUCCGGUGGGUCAGUCGGGGAAGGGCCGUGAUCAUGUGCAUGGGGGUAUAUUUAAUAGAUGGAGAUGUUGGUGAUUUCUUAUAGAUGAAUUAGUGUGUCUGAAUCUGGGUUUGAAGCUGGGAAUGAAAAUGGGUGAAAUAGGGUGUGCGGAUCAGGAGUAGAAGCUGAGCAUGCAUAUGAGUGAAUUAUUUCCCUUCCCUAGCUGUUCCUUGAUAAAUAUAAUUGCAGUCAUUCAUGUAUGAGCUGUACAUAGCAGUGGUUUAAUUGCAGUCAAUAGGCCACUGUCUUUUACUCACCUGUGCAAACUGCCUCCAACACCCAAGCUGUCUACCUUCCUCCUGUUCCCCCCACCAAACCUUAAAUACAUUUUGUAAAAAAAACAAAUAAAAUCAUAAACUUAUCUCUUUUACAGUGCGGAGGCCAAGUUCUCACCAGAGCCUGCUCCUCUUUUACUGAUGAUACUCCUAGCAGCUGGGAGAGGAUUAGCUAAGGGGAGGACGUGGUGGAUUUUAUGGAUUGUGCAGUAAUGGAUUGGUUAUCAGAACUGGCAACUUUUUUUAUUCAUAAUCAAUUGGAUUGAAAGUCAUUUUGUGGCAAGGGAGUGGACUGUCAAGUAAAUGGGGUAAACAAUCUGAAUAUGCCGCAGUGGCAGUUUUACCUGUGAAUUGUGGGAGAUGUAACAUCUUGAUCUGGUAUGUUACAAAUAUUCAAGUUCUCCUCCACUGAUGUCAUUCUCAUUCACUGCCAGGGGAGGACAUCGGUGGCAAGGCAGGGUGGAGGUUUGUGCCACUAUCGGAUGCCUGCUGCCAGAUACCCAAUAUGCACAGAAUUGAGAACUCUUGUUUCCGGGCUGACUCUACACCAAAUGAUGCUGCAUGAAGUGGAGUUACACCUCUGCCAGCAGAGAGGUUAAAUUAUGUAUGUGCAGCCUUUGAUAGCAAACCAUUGCACAUGCAGACUCCAGGCACCAUGACCACUUAAAAUCACUGAAGUGGUCAAGGUGCUUGGAGUAACCCCUUAAACAAAAUAUCAAAAGACCAAAGAGAUAUAAUGUACUAUGUAAUAUACUGUUUUCUUUUGUGAUUAUUCGGAACCAGAGUAGACAGACAAAGUCCAUGAGACAAAGUAGCAACUAUUUUUUUCUUGUGGUAUAUUUCGGUGGCAUUGGGAUUUCAAUGAAAUUUAAUUGCUGUCAGCAUCUUUAUGAAAUACGGAAAACCUGACACAUGUGCUUUAAGGUGGAAAUUUACCUCCUAAGCCCCAUUCAAGUUAUCAGUUAACUCAAGUUAAAUUGUAGAUGUAUUAUAUGUUUGUUGCCGUCUACUGGUUUUCUCAGUGGGAUGCUUUAUUACUAUUGAUACACAGUUGUCCUUUAUUCACAGGUUCUAGCUGUGAUAUCAGAUUUGCUGCUGAUAAUGUAUUGGUGUUUGUUUUAACCAUGAACAACAUAUUGAUUUGUAAGCCACACAUUUGAAUGUAAUUUCCCAAUAAACACUUCCUUUUCAGAGAAAAUGCCUACCCCAUUCCCCUCAUUUCCGAAUUGUUUGACAGACUCCAGGGUGCUAAAGUCUUUACUAAACUUGACCUCAGGAGUGUGUACAAUUUGGUUAGGAUUAAAGAAAAUCAUGAGUGGAAAACUGCAUUUAACACCACACCCAAUUAUAGCCUCACGUUGAUGACGACUUCGGCGUGCGUGUGACGUCUCGCGGGAGCCAAGCGCUCGUACACUUUGGAGUCAAAGGCCGAUUUUGGCCAAUCAAAGUUGUUAAGGGCUUAUUUAAACAUGAUUCUACUUUUCCUCAUUGCCCUGUCGUGGUUUCCCAUAGCAGUUGUCCGAGAAUGUGUUCCUGAGCGUUUAUUUCUGGUUAUUGACUUUGGCUUUGUUUGACUUCCCUGUAUUCUGGUAUCUCUGACUUAUGGCUUUCCCUUAUCGUUGUGUCCCAUUCUGUAUCCCCCGACCUUGGCAAGUAUCCUGACUAUUCUUUGGUAUGUUAAGUCUGGCCAUUCUAAGGCCCGGUAAUACUUGACCUUUUAGUCCUAGGUGUGACACAAUUCUAUGUGCUGGAUCAAUUAGUAAUCCUGACAGUCUGUUCCUGUGUGUCCAACUCGUCUUAUUGCAAAUACAUGUCUGUUAGUCCAUCUAUUGUACAAAGCUACGGAAUUUGUUGAUGCUUUAUAAAUACUACUGCUAAUAAUAAUAUCUAAUGCUGGCAAAAUAAUCAGCAAAUGCAUUGAUUAAAGAGUAUACUUACUGACAUCAUAUCAUUUUACUAUGCUCCUUUGUCCACUUUCCAUUUUCCCUUUCCGUCACCUACGUUUUUUUCUGACACGUUUUUUUGUGGUUUGCGCUAGAGGCGUAUAUGUGGAGAGUGAUUUUUUUUUUUCUUGUUCUGCCGCUGUUUAUCCUUUUCUUGCUUGUGCUGAGUCCUCAUUUUCCCCUUCUCUAUUUCUAAACAUCUAUCAAACAUAAGCAGGAAAUGUAACACUCUAUCUUGUUUCCAAUACCUGUACACGCUUUUAUUUAUUUUUUUAAUUUCCAAAAAAUUUAUUUUAUUUAUAAAUGUUAAAGUUCCUUCAUAGGGCACCAUGAUAUUCUGUUUCUAUUUUAUUCUUUUUUUAUAAAAUAUUUGACAGUGACUUUUUUUGUCAAAUAUUUGACAGCAUUCUGACUCAGUAAUAUUUAUCAGUGUUAAGAAAAGUGGUUUUAUAAUAUACAAAGUACGGAGAGAAUACUUCACAAUACAAUUAUAACCAGUUGAUAGGGUGCUAUUCUAGAACCAUACUCCCUAAAAUACCAAUAUAACCAAUAAUAAACAAACACAGAAUGCACACCAAAAGACCACAAAAAAGUCUCUAUCUGUAUUUAUUACAUCACAAGUACAAAUACCAUAUUAAUACAGCAAUAAGUGACUCAUUAGGCAGACAAUAUACAGAAAUAAAUAUUUACCACACUCCACAAGCCUAAUCGGGCAGAAACACGAGUCAAAAAACAAAAACCCCCCAAUGUUUCGGCUCCUCCUGGUAGCCUUUAUCAAGGGUAGCUAUAUCAAACACUCACCCAGAAAUCCCUUAUAUACGUAUAUCUACACCUGAUGGCCAUCAGUGAGAUUGUGACUGCCCGAGACCGGAAGUGACAUCAUCAUUUCCGACCCCGGUCUUAUUCACAAAAUCUAAAAAUAUUAUUAAGUAGCAUAUAGUAAGAGCCCAUAAGUAGUUUUCUCAUAAAGGUUUUCCUUACAUCAACAAAAAUCAUAUAAAUAAAUAAAUGAAUCACAUCAGUACCUGUACGUAUGCGCCGUAGACGCUCACCCCUCCAUAUUACUUAGUGGCAAUCUGUCCGAUACUAUCCGCGGUCUCUCAGCGCUACCCACGUAACACAUUAAUAAAAAGAAAAAACUAAACAUAAAAAAUUAAUAAUAAGCAGAGCUAACCUCUACUAUAAAGGGAAUGACCAUAUCACCCCGAUAUACCUCCGUGUCAGUAUUUUCUUACCACGCAAAAUACAAACUACGGGUGCCUGUAUGAUCCAAAUUAUUUCUUGUUGUAAAGCAAUAUAUCCCGCGCAUGCGCCAAGCAAUAGACAACAGACUAAUCCAAUUUGAAACAUUGGGUUCUAUAUAGCACAUUUGUCACAAUACAUGACACAAAAAAGUAAUAAAAUAAAUAAAAUUAAACAAACCCACCAAAAGGCCAACUAUUUCUUAUAGGGACAUACAUAGUAAGUGAAAAAAAGGAAAUACAGUAUAGGGACACAUACUUCCCAACUAAUACCUAUUAAUAGUGAAUUACCUCCACCACUAAUUCAAACUAAACAAAAACACCACACAGUGUAUAAAAAUUGCAUCUACUAUUCAUUUAUGUGAUCUACUAUAUUGAAUAUCCAUGAGUCUAACUGGCACAAAGUUAUCAUAAAUAUUACCAACCACACCAUAUUGAACUGUAUAAUAUCCAGCCAAUAAGAAAAAUAAAUAAAUAGAUCACACCCAAAGAGUACCUCUAUAAUAAAAUCCCUUUGAAUUGACUUUAAUUACUUGUAUCCAGGAUCAUAAAGUUAAUCUCAAAGGCAUCCUAAAUCUAAAAAAAAAAUUGAUAUGGUGCAUGUACCUAUAAUUACUAUAACAUCACAAGAAAAGUGGUUUUGAAAGAAAAUUCCAUUUCAGAAGACCACCAAAUUUACAGUGACAGAAACAUUCCACCACUUUUCUGACUAGAAAAGUAGCAGAAAUAUUUAUAAAUCUUUUAUGUUGGUGCAUAGUAAAAAAAGACAGGGCACAAAUAAAGUAACAGAUGAAAACAAUCUGACAGAUUAAAUGAAUAGCGCCAAAAAUUAAACAGAGACAUGUCAGCAACACUUUGAUAGAUCUCCCAGACUAAAGGCAAGGGUUUACUUCAAAACAACUACAUUAAGCUGUAGUGGUUCUGGUGACUAUAGUGUCCCUUUUAAGAACUGUAUUUUUGACGUUGAAAAAUCUGGCUCCUUACUAUUUUAGCUGGCUCCUAGAUUUCAAGCAGAUUUGUGAAGCCCUGCAUUAGUGAAAUCAAUUAACCGCUCGGAUGUCAGAAUACAUUCUGUGAUCAGUUUGUAGAUUUCACAGUAGAUGCUUGGAACCUAUGGGUUCAACAUAUACUCUGCAUAGGCACUUUCAGGCUCUGCCUGAUAAAACUGUAGAAUAUUAGCUAUUCACUCACAGAAACAUGGCUGUCUAGCAACACUACUGAGGGCAGCAAGGUCACUACAGCUUCUGUUUAUAGCUUUCAGUUGCCUCAGGCCUAAUUGGUAUGAUUGCCUGUUACAACUAGUGGAGUGUGGAGACCCACUGACAUAGCAUGGGGAUUAGGUUUUAGGUCUCAGCUCCAGUUCUAAAAUCCACUAAUAUACAUAUUAAAUGUAUUUAUCUUCUAUGUCUAAUGACAUAUUUUCAAGUAUAGCUUUUUAAUAGUAUGAUAAGCCACAGUAUGUAAAAUAAAACUCCUGCUCAAAACAUCCUUUGUUAUCAGAGUCCAGCUAAUUAUAUAUAAAAGCAAAGCUAGAGAUAUAACCCCUUCAUAUUUCAGGAAGAUUUAACUGCUUUUACACGUUUUUAUCAUUAUUAUUUUGUUUUUGUCACUGAAUCUGUACAUUAGCAUUUUGAACAUGCAUGUACGUAACUGUGCUUUCAGUUGACAUAUCCUUCAUGCCAGGAAUGUAGGAUAAAGCUUUGCCAGCAGUCACAUGUACUAGCUGUGAUAACAUUAAUUUCAUUGGUCUUUUGACAUUGUGAACAAGGUCAUGACAUAGAUGAUGAGGUCUAAUGGAAUCUACGUACCUUUGCACAGUUUGACCAUUUUUCUUACUUUCUCGUGGUUUGAGGAGUCAAGCCAUUUAUACAUUCAGUUUUUUUCUUUUUUUUCUUUUGGAAGAUAGUUACUAUUUAAGACUAUAGUUAUAGUACACCUUAAUGCCAGAAGGUACUGAUGCCACCACCAUGUCACUGGCAUUAGUACAUUUUAGUCCUAGAACUAGGGUAUUUUAACUUACUGGGUAAUUUACUAAAGCGUGAAUUGCUGAAAGCAAAUUCAGGCAAAUGUAAAAUUUUCAGCCAAGCUAAAAACAGCUGACCUGUUUUUUGGCAACAUUGGACUAAAAGUUUAAAUUCACUUUGGAUUCCCAAUAAUACACAAUUAAAUGAAUUAGCUUAGAAAUUCUAAUAAUGUCACUAAUACUGUAACAAAGGCGAUAAAGCAAAAUGAUAUCUAAAAUAAUUAGGUAUAACAACAUAUAAAACCAAUAGUGCAAUUAGUAUGUUUUUUUUUUCUUGCAUGUUUGUAAUGAUGAUAAAUAAAACCACAAUAAUAGGCAUUUUUUGCCGACAACAGUAAUGUUACAAGGUAGAAACAUACAUUGCUUUUUAAAGGGAAUCUCUAUGCACUCAGACCAUCUAAUGUCAACAAAGUCCCCUUUGUUUUAACCCUGCAAUGUAAAAUACUACUAUUCUGCAGGAAGGGUAAUGUUUAGAUUGCAAUAUUUAAAUGCCAAAGCCCUAGAGGCACUUCCGCAGAAAUUUGAGAUGGUCCAGGACACCAUAGAUUUAGGAAUACAAAUUGGAAAUGGGUGCUGGGAAAUAGAGCACACGGUGAGUUUAAAUAUCUAGCUUUUCAUUGCAUGAACUGGCUGUUCAUCUUAAAUAUGUCCUCUGUGUUUAGGUGUGGGAUUUGCCACCAGGCAAAUUGCAAAUGUCACCAAACCCACAACUAUAAUUUCCAAGGAAGGGGACCUAAUUGUGGUGCAGACACAAAGUACCUUCAAGAGCACAGAGCUCAAAUUCAAACUGGAUGAAGAAUUUGAUGAAACCACUGCUGAUGAUAGAAAAUGCAAGGUGAGACCUUUUUAUUAUUCCCCUCCCUUCUGCAUUUUAGAAUUGUUUCUGUGUUUUCCUGUUGACCAAAGGUACACUUUAGAGUCACUUUAAGGGGCUUUCGUAAAUUUCAUUUAUAUAUUGAUGUGAAAAAUGCUAGCAUGUGCAAUAUAUUAAAGGGACACUAUGGGCACCAAUACAACUUUAGCUUAAUGAAGCAGUUUUGGUGUAUAGAUUGUGCCCCUGCAGUCUCCAUGCUCAGUUAAUUCACUGUUUAUAUAGCUCUAGUCACACCUCCCUGCAUGUGACUUGCACUGCCUUCCUAAACAUUUCCUCUAAAGAGAGAUCUAAUAUAUCAUUUUUGAGCAGGAGUCCCAUGAUCAUACAAUUCAUCUAUAUUUGGUGGAUGCACUGGACUGAUUUUGCAUUAUUUAGAUCAUUGUAGAUAUGUAUAUAGGAGAUGUAUAAAAUAGAUGCAGAGUGUCAGAAUCAUAUAUGGUAUUAAAUGACCAUCUCUUUUUGUGGUUCUUGUACCAUUCUGUAUAGCUAUUAUUAUCAUUAUAUAAAUUCUUUACUUUUUGUACGGUUUUCAUAAAAAAAAAAUAUAUACACUGAAUAAAUUUGGCAAACUUUUGAAUAUAUAAAAAAUGUUUUUCUUUAUUAGACACAAUUAUUGUGUCUGAGUGCGGUAUUAGUACCCAUUUUAUUGUAUAUAUUGAGGUUUCUUUGGGAGUAACCUUUAAUACCUGCACCAUCCUGUAGAGCAAGCAUGUCAAACUCACCGAGCCGCGAGUACAUGCUGGUGUUAUAGCAGAGUAGGCACCUGCUUUCCCCAUAUUGCAGGUGCCUACUCUGCUAGCACUUACGCGGCCAGCAAGGGAGCUCAGUGUUGCUGCUCCUCACUGCUCCCUCGCGCACGCCGUUUGAAGUGAAGCCGGUCGUCGGAAUAUGACGUCAUAUUCCGGAACUCAGAAUCACUAAACCCGCGCGAGAGAGCAGUGAGGAGCAGGAAGGACCCCAGGGAGAUGUCCCACAUCGGCUCCAUAAGGUAAGGAGCAAUAAAGAAAAUAAUGUGUAUGCAAGAAUGUGUAAGUGUGUGUGUGUUAGUGAGUAUGUGUGUGUGUCUGUUGGUAUGUGUGUGUGUGUCUGUCAGUGAGUAUGUGUGUGUGUGUCGGUCAGUUAGUGUGUGUGCGUGUGUCUGUCAGUGAGUGUGUGUGUGUGUCAGCAAGUAUGUGAGUCUGUCAGUGUGUGUGUGUCUGUCUGUGAGUGUGUGUGUCUCUGUCUGUGAGUGUGUGUGUGUCUGUUAGUGUGUCUGAUGUAUGUGUCUGUCAGUGAGUAUGUGUGUGUGUAUGUUAGUGAGUGUGUGUGUGUGUGUCUGUCAGUGAGUAUGUGUGUGUCAAUGUGUCUGUGUGUGUGUCAGCGGGAGGAUCAGAUUUGUCACAGGGUGGUAGAGGGGAUGCAGUGGUUUAGUAGAAGGGGGCUGGGAUUUAGUAGAGGGGGCUGGGAUUUAGUAGAGGGGGGUGCUGUGGUUUAGUAGAGGGGUAUGCUGCAGGGAGGGAUGGGGGAGGUUUAUACUGUACUUUUAAAAAUAAACCUACGUUUCUAUGAAGUGCAAACUGUCAGAACUUAAAAUUAAAUCUUUGUUAGAAUCGAUCAUUUUGGUUUUUGGUAGAAGGCGUUGUUUGCACUUCAUAUGAAAAAUAUUCUACACCUCAGCAAUAAAAUCACAUCAGAAUGUGAGCACAGUAGGAAGAUAUAUUUUGCCAGGACAGAUUUAUCUCGUGACAUCAGGACCUGGCAGCAAUAAGCAGAGAUGGAUACUGCUGAGGUUUUGGAAUGGAAACUAUUUUGCAUAGGAGUGGUAGAAGCUGAAAAUUUGGUUGGUUGGCUCACAGUUUUGUAUUUGGAAAUCAAAUAUUUUUUUUUUCGGGGCUCGAGUAACUUCUUAUGGAAAGAAUGUUAAAAAUGGUCUACCUUAUUUUUCAUUCUCACUGACCUAACAUGAACUUGUUUCAUACAGUGAAAUUAUGUUUAAUUUUCCUAUCAGCUCCCAGUGUUAAUAUUGAUAAAUAAUGAUUAGAUGUUACUUGGAAUAGAUCCCUGGACAAAAUUAUAUUGAUAAUGAAAUAAUAGGUUAAUUGUCCUUUAUUUUUUUAAACUACUAGCAAUAGAAUAAAACCAACUUCUUUUUUUUCAGUCCCUGGUGACGUUGGAAGAUGGCAAACUGAAGCACGUUCAGAAAUGGGAUGGUAAAGAAAGUACUUUAGUGAGAGAAGUUGAUGGUGACAAACUUGUGCUGGUGAGUAGUGUAUUAUUCAGAGUACAUAUAUGUUACACAGAAUUGUCAUGCAGAAUUUAAAGUUUGUGUUCCGUUGAUGGAUCGAUCCUAAAAACAAAUGCUCAUUAACUAGGAUCAGAGAUGUUUUUCUCCACUGGGAUUUUCUGUUACGCUCAGAAAUACAAACCUUAUUAAAAGGGACAUACAUCAUUUGAAAACUUUAAUUUUUUUAAACCAACAAGCAAACACUUUUAAACAAAUAUACAAACCAAAGUAAAGGAAGAAAAAAAUUGAAAAGUACAGAGAGAUGUUUGUAAAUUUACAAUAAACUUGGUCAGAUUGCGUUAUUGAGCACACUAAGGCUAGGUAUUUUCAGCCUUCCCGCUCUCGCUUACCCACACAUGUCACUAUCAGACCAAUCUAUUAAUGAAAGAAACAGGGCGUCAUUGUGCCAGAGCUAGAAACCCGACACUUGAGCCUGCUCUGCAUGAGUCAUAAUGAUCACACUCCCUCUGUCAGGAAGUUGCCAUAUGUAAAACUGCUAGGUAUGCCUCAUGCACUUUUCCAGCAUUCCUAGGGAUAGGACACCCACCUAGAAUGGGUGUGGAAGGCAUAAGAAAGAAGAAGCAGAACCAUGAAAUAAAAAUCACAUUUACUUGUUUAUUUCAGCCUACAGAGUGGGACAACUGUCCCAUUCAAAACUAAAGGUUAUGAAUGAGACACUUGUUUCAAAGUGAUGCAUGUCCCUUUACUUAAAACAUUGUUUUAUUUGAAGAUCUUCAUGAAAUGAAAAAGAUUGGUCCACCUCCUGAUAAUGCUUGGAAGCAACGCUCUACCAAUGCAUCUAGAUCAAUAGUUCCCAGCCAUGUCAUCAAGACACACACAUUGCAAGAUCUAAGCAUUUACAAAUCUGUUCCAGUAGGGAUUCUGACAAAACCUGAAUCUUGAAAAUUAGACCUUAAAUACGUAGGUCUGUGUUAAAAUAUCAAUGAAAUUCCAACACAAUCAAAGGAUAUCUUAGAACAAAGUAAGGGACUCUUUUGUCUUAAAGGCAAACUCUAGGAUGACAGAAGGCGGAGCUUCCUCUUUCAAUCUUUGUCAAUUCCCAUAUAUGCAGCUAGUGACAGAAGUGGAUAAUGGGCAUAUGAUUGCCCAUCAUGCAAGAUGGUCUGUAGAGAAUCCCAAGAUCUUCCAUAGACCUCUGUGUUGUAAUGUUGCUCAUGUGCGAGGAUAUAUGGCUCCUGGCGAACAAAGUGCCAGGAGCUGAAUAAAGAACAUGGCUGCGUCCACAAGAGAUAUUUUCAGGUAAGUAUACCUAACUUUCUAACAAAUGUGGCAAGGAUGUUUUUUUUAUUGUUGAUACUUUAACAUAUAAGAUAAUAUUAAAAGAUUAGUAGAGUAUACUGAAUGGAAAAGCAUCAAUUCUCCCCCGCAUGGAUAGACAGGCAUCCUGUUUGUUCUGACCUCCACUCCUGACCUUGUAUUAAAGUUGAGAGAAUGUUCCAUUUACUUAAAACAAUUGCUCACGUGUGUUUACAUAGCUAUCUUGUUUGAACUACUUCACUCUGCUUAAUUCUGUCUCUAAAGGCUUAACCCUUGUGCAUCAAAGAGAAAAUGCAUAAGUUCAACAUGUACCCAUUGUACCAUAUAAAUGGGUGGGUAUAUGGUUCUGACUGAAAUCUGAAAUGAAUGAUACACUGUUAAAUACCAACAUUUUAUGUACAAAUUGAUGUGUGUAAAGGACAUAGGUGGUAUACCUGUGGGUGACCUCAUCAUGAAUGUCACUUUUUAUACAUUCUAACAAAAAACACUGUUAUUUUUUACUAUGUAAAAUUAUAUCGAUAAUAGAUACUUUAUACUUUUUUUAAGCUUCAUGUAUAAACACACGUAUACAAUGUAUAGGGAAAUAAAAUUAUUCUUCUUCAUCUCUGUCUCUACAACAAAUAUUUGUGAGUUUUCAAAUGUUACACGAAUGAAGGAUAUGGCACAGAAGUUGACUAUAUGGAAAAGAAAAACAACUAAAAGAAUUAUAAAGAGAUUCAUUGAUGCACAUAAUUUAAUUAUAUAUGGGGGGGGUCUUGGGUACACAUAUUAAAGAAACACAAGAACGAGACAAAUUAAACUGUUUGUUGUUCACUUAUUUACGUAUUUUUAAUUAAUAUUUUUUCCGCUAAAAAAUAAUUAGUAUCUUUCAUCUGCACACUACCUGUCUUCGUCCCUCAGUGUCUGCAGCUUUUCAUUUUUUUUCACUGCAAUAUGUUAUGAGUAUAAUCUCAGUCUUAGCUUUCUGUGAGUAAGCUUAUACAAUAGGAACAUGCACAGGAGCUAUUACUUAAAAGAAUACUCAAAGCACCAAAACAACUUUAGCUUAACUAAGCUGUUUUGAUGUAUAGAUCAUACCCCUUCAGUAUCACUGCUCAAUUCUCUGCCAUUUAGCAGUUAAAUCAUCUUUGUUUCUGUGCAUGCAGUAAUAGCCUUAACUCUCCUGGCUGUGAAAAAGCUUAUUUCAAGCAGUACAGUGUGUUCACUUUAGAGGGUUUUAUCUCGUGCUCUGUAAAUUUGACUUAAAUCACACACAUUUCUCACAGUGAGAAGACGCCAGUGUCCAUAGUAAAGCAUUGAUAAUGCUUUCCUAUGGACUGGCUGAAUGCGCGCGCGGCUCCUGACGGCAAUCUGGAGGAGGAGGAGAGUUCCCCGCCCGGCGCUGGAGAAAGAGGUAAGUUUAAACUCUUCCACCCCCUAGAGCCCGGCGGGAGGGGUGCCCUGAGGGUGGGGGCACCCUCAGGGCACUAUAGUGCCAGGAAAAUGAGUAUGUUUUCCAGGCACUAUUGUGGCCCUUUAACCCCUUAAGGACACAUGACAUGUGUGACAUGUCAUGAUUCCCUUUUAUUCCAGAAGCUUGGUCCUUAAAAGUUGUACAAAUCGUUUCUUUUUGUUGAAAUGUUGCCAUUUGGAUUUUAGUUUGCUACAAUUCAGAGUGUAGUGCAGUGAUGGCAAAUAUUUUUGAGCCCGUGUGCCCAAACCGCAAUACAAACCAACCACCCAUGAGCGUCGGGUGUGGGCCCUAAAUGAAAAUGGGGGAGAGGACCUAUUGUCCUGCCCUCACCCAUGGGCGACAGGUGGGGGCUAAGUGUAAAUACUCCCCAAGCCCCUAGUCACCCCCCACCCAAAUUUUUGUUAAUAAAGACCUACCUACCCCCACACCCUAAAAAUAGUGAGGGUGGAACAAUAAAAUUAACUUCCUGUAAAUAAAAAAUAACUUACCAUUUGAUGUCUUCUUUUUUCUAAAAUCUUCUUAUUUCAGCCACAAAAAAGGGCAAAUAAAAAUCCAUAAUUCCCGUUGGGAAAAUUCCGCCGCUCAUGGGUGAAGGCCAAGGGGGACCCUAUGUCCCCUGAUUCUAUCUUCUCAAGUGUGGCACGCAGGGCAUAGAAUUUAUUUUUCCAGAUAGAGCUUUCUUGAAAUUUUAAUAGCCUCAUUUCCAGAUUUCCUAAUUCUAACCAGUGUAAGCCAGAAAUAUCAAGCUCUUCAUAUUUGGCUUUAUCUGGAGAAGUAAGAAAAUACAGGGUUGUCUCCAUUUUCCGGAAUUGCAAGAAUCUGUUACUAAAAUUCUCCUCAGCAGCUGCUACAAUGCUAGAAAGUUCCUUGUGGAUUUCCUGAUGGCUUGGAGGAUUGUCUGUAAAUAUUGUAGAAUUUUCGAAAGGUAUUUUUAGAUUUGCCCACUUUCAAUGUCUCUUUCAAAAACCUGCAGCUUUGUCUCAAAUAUUCUGAUAUCACAAAACAUAUUUUCUGCUAUUUUCCCUACACCUUGCAGUGUUUUGUUCAGUACAUUGAAGUGUGCUGUAAAAUCUGUAAAAAAAAAAAAAAAAAAAGGUUGGUUAGCCAGGCCGUAUUAGUGAGCUGGGGAUAUUCUUGCCCUUUUUCAUUCAUAAACAGCCUAAUUUCAUUCAAGCAAGCUCCAAAUCUCUCCAGGACUCGUCCUCUGCUCAGCCACCAUUAUUGUAAAUAAGUAAAGUAUUAUACUGUGCCUGUACCUCAUCGAGAAGUGCUUGAAACUGUCAAAAAUGAAGAGCAUGAGCCAUGAUGUAAUUCACCGUAUUUGUGACAUCUUUGAGAAUAUCUUCUAAUUUUUUGCUGCUGUCCCUGGCACAAAGAGCUUCUUGGUGUAUAAUACAAUGAAACCGAAUGACUGGAUGUUUUGCUUCUUUAACAAAGAACUGUAUGAAACCAGAUGUUGCCCCCACCAAGCAAGGUGCUCCGUCAAUAGUAAAUUGAAACCACUUUUUCUGGUCUUAUUUCUUGUGCCAAAAAAGCCUCCAUCACAGCAUUGUGAAUAUCUAUUCCAUGUGUUCUUCUAGGCAAGGACAACAGUUUCAACAGCUCUUCUCUCAUGAUGUCACCAACAGCAUAACGCAAAAUUACUGCUAGCCUUACAUGAUUAUUUAUAUCUGUGCUUUCAUCCAAGCACAUGGAGUAACAGGCUGCCUUUUGUAAGUCAGUGGAGAGCUGCUGACUAACAUCACUUCCCAUGCGCAGGACUCGAUAUUUAACAAUAUUUCUGCUAACUCAGAGAUGCGUUGCAUAAUUUUAGAUUUGUUUGGGAAAUCAUGAAAAUGGGAACUACUCCCAGCCAACAUGGCCAUUUUGAUAAAAUCACCAUCAGAGAGAGGCUUACCAUGUUUUGCCAAGCACGGUGAAAUUUGAAAGCUGGGAACUGUCAGAUGAUUUGAUCUAGAAAGAUAGUUGGAAAAACUACGAUACUGGGAGUGAUAUUUCCUCAAUUUCUCCUUAAGAAACUCUUUCCUCUCAGAUUCUCCAAAUUCGGCAACACUUUUGUGGUACUUGUCAUUUAUUACCACACUGCAAGGUUUGACAGUCGUAGUGUGCUGGUGAGUGACAUGUACCCUCACAGUGAGGUAAUAAGUGAAAUUUCUCUUUAUGUUUGACGAAGUUAGAUGCAGAGAGAGGGCACCGGAAGCUUCAUUUUGGCGGCUGGUACAGGUUAGGAUUUUUUUUUUUCUGGUCUGUUUCUUAUGUGGGGCUUAUCACUAAGGCUGCAAAAAUUGGCAUGUGACAGUGACUCUUUAAUAACAGCAGACAGAGGUAGCUUGAAUCAAGGCCAUUUUAAUCAUUCUUUUUUUUAUUUUAAAUAUUUAAUCUGGGUUGGAUACAUACCAGAUUCAACCUCUGCAAAAAAGUGUCCCGCGUCUUUUAACGUAUGGGAGCAAUUUAGCUUAAAUGCUGCAAAAAAAUAAAUCAAAUAAUCAAAACAAUCAACCAAUUAAUUUUAAAACUAAUCAUUAGUUGCAGCACUGUAUCCCUGUACCACUUUCACUGGCACACUCUACUAACAUAGGCAGUCCAAAAUCUACAGAAAAUAGUAAAAACAUGGUUGCACAGUGGUCAGCCCCCAUCAGAAUAAAAACAUUAGUGAUAGUGACACAGCUGUCAUCUUUCAUCCCAAUAACAUUGGUGGCACAGCAGUCAGCCCCCAUUAAAAUAACACUAGUGGCACAGCGGUCAGCCCCCAUCAGAAUCACUUAAUAAAAAUGAUAAAUGGAUUCAAGGGGGGCUGAUCAACUAAGCAUAGCUCAAAACAGGUAUGGAAGUUACGGUACAAAAAACUUCCUAAGCAGAGAAAACAUAAAAGAACACAAUAAAUGCUAAAAGCAAUUAAGAGUGAGAUACCUGGAGCUAGAAUUGGAAUAAAAUAACAAGGGGGAUGACUGAAGCGAGUAAAACAAUUUAGGAGAGAGAAUCAUAUAGUAAAAAAGCUUAAAGGACCACUAUAGUGCCAGGAAAACACUCGUUUUCCUGGCACUAUAGUGCCCUGAGGGUGCCCCCACCCUCAGGGACCCCCUCCCGCCCGCCUCUGGAAGGGGGAAAGGGGUAAAAACUUACCUUUUUCCAGCGCUGGUCAGGGAGCUCUCCUCCUCCAAUCCUCCUCCGUUCCUCCUCCUGGGCUGAAUGCGCACACGCGGCAAGAGCUGCGCGCGCAUUCAGCCGCUCACAUAGGAAAGCAUUCAUUGUUAAAAUCACAGUGAGAAGCACGCAAGCGCCUCUAGUGGCUGUCAAUGAGACAGCCACUAGAGGAAAUAGGGGAAGGCUUAACCCAUUCAUAAACAUAGCAGUUUCUCUGAAACUGCUAUGUUUAUUAAAAAAUGGGUUAACCCUAGCUGGACCUGGCACCCAGACCACUUCAUUAAGCUGAAGUGGUCUGGGUGCCUAGAGUGGUCCUUUAAGUGCUGUUUCAGCACUGUUCCCUCCGCUAAUGCCGUCAGGAGACAGGAAACUGCUAUGUUUAUUAAUUGGUUAAGCCUUCCCCCAAAGCCUCUAGUGGCUGUCUCAUUGACAGCCACUAGAGGCGCUUGCGUGCUUCUCACUGUGAUUUUCAGUGAGAGCACGCCAGCGUCCAUAGGAAAGCAUUAUGAAUGCUUUCCUAUGCGACCGGCUGAAUGCGCGUGCGCAUUCAGCCGACGGGGCGGAACGGAGGAGGAGAGAAGGAGGAGAGCUCCCCGCCCAGCGCUGGAAAAAGGUAAGUUUAAACCCCUUUCCCCCUUCCAGAGCCGGGCAGGAGGGGGACCCUGAGAGUGGGGGCACCCUCAGGGCACUAUAGUGCCAGGAAAAUGAGUAUGUUUUCCUGGCACUAUAGUGGUCCUUUAAGACAGUGCUCCCUCGCAGCCCUCCAUCCCAACGAUACGAAAGCAGAGUAGGCGCCUGUCGUUUUGGGCAGGCAGGUGCCUAUUCUGCAUUGCCGCCGGGGGUCCUAAGGCUGCCGACCAGCGCCAGUGGUGCCCCAUGACCUAUGACUGCGUGCCCAAAGAAAGGGUUCACCAUCGCUGGUAUAGUGGAUAAACCCUGUACAUAUGCUUCUGCAUUCAUAAACACACUGGACAUUCAUCUACACGUAUAUUUCUGCAUUUGUAAACACACCGACACUCUGCAUACAUACACCUCUGCCUUCACAUACUGACAUACCAAACUGAAAACAUACCAUAAUGAAAACAUAAAUGCUAUAGAAGCUCAUUUGAUGUAAUGAGUACAAGUUUUAACUUUGAUCCAUGAUAUUUAUAAUGAUGCUGUGUUAUUAUUUAUUUGUAAACUGUUACAUUGAGCUUGUACACUUCUCUUUUUCAGACUCUAACCUUUGGAGAGGUGGUCAGCACACGUCACUAUGAUAGAGCCUAAGGACCAGACACAAGCCUUUUACAACUAUUCUUUGUUAUACAAUUGUUUGGAUUCAGGUUCUUUUUCUCAAACAUGCCAAAAAUAAUCUCCCUAUCGUGCCACACUUCUUCUUCCAAUACUCAUACAGGUUAUACCAUCAGUAUUAAACCUUACUAUUAUGGGCUGUGCCUUUUGCUGUGACCGUAAAACUUUUUUUUUUAUUCAGCUGUGUCAAACAUGGCCGCUUCCUGUUAAGCUCAGGGAGCACUAUAAACAUUGAUAGACAAGAUGUCAAUUCUUGGAUGCACGUGUUGAUUUUUACAAUUGACUUUGGCAAAGCAGUACAUAUUUUAAAAUUAGCAUUUAGAUCAUGGUUGCUAUGCUUUGAGUGCCACACAAUGAUGUCCAACACGUUUGGGAAUUUCAAUCAAUGAUUGAAAGGCAAAAAACUAUUAUUAAUAUAAUAAUAUAUUAAUAAUAAUUAUGAGGUAAACUUGACAUGUUGAUAUUUGCUGAAUUAAAACACAGCCAGUAGUGCAUUAAAUAUGCAUAGUUUAAUUUGUUUAAUGCUUAAAAUUAUUCCAUUACAAUGUUGUCAUGUGUGGCCAUUUUUAUACCCCUGUGAUAUCAGAGGUGACAUGCACUGAAUGUGAGAUCUACGUUUUUGGCAUGAUUUGCAUUAUUCCAGGAGGAAAGUGAUUAUGGGGCAUUCAGUUAAUUGGUUAAUACUGACUUGUUCCUGUUUUGUUUAGUUUGUAAAGAUGUCUGUUAAAUAAAACUUAAGUAUGAUAGAACAUUU